AGUCAAGGCAGCCUGUGUGACAGCUGCACUGGCCAGAGUUAUCAGCUCCCUGUGCUGGACACAGUGUUUGUUCGCUCUCACUGGAGAAGGACUGGGCUCGCUUUACAGAUGCUGGAGGAUUUCUGCUCCUCUCAACCCUCUGAGGCGUUUCUGGGAAUUAGCUUUCCUAUGUCACCUGGCAUGCUUGGAGUUUGUAAAAAGUAUCUUGAGAUCCACGAAGACGAAAGAGAGCGUCUCUAUGAAGUGGAAGCUCCGGGUGGAUGGGCUCAGAGACGCAAUGUGUGGUUAAAUAUCCAGCUGCGGGACUUUCCAAAACACUGUGGAAACUCAGAGCAGAGUCCACAAUGCUCAUAUAGUCACGAAAGAUGUGAAGUUGAUUUGGAGGAAGAGGGGAUCCUGCGACAAUGUAAAUCAUCAGUUAGUCUCAAAGACACAUCGAGCUCGGGAAAGGACCAGCGAAUCAGACUGACACAAGGGAUUAACUUUAAAAAAGCCAGGACUAAUCAUUAAGUUAUUUAAUGGUCAAGAAAUAACUCAGACAGACAUUGUACUUUCAAGCCAUAACAGAGAGCCUAAAUAAUUCAAUAUGGAAUUCUUUAUAGUCAUGUGUUAAAGUAUGUAGAUGUUGGUAAUCUGAGAUUUGCCUUCUGGGAAACAGUCUCAGGUAUUGUUAUCCUAUAAAGCUUACCAUAACAUUUAUUGCUGGGUUGCCAAAUGGUAAUCAAACUGUCAUACCAGCUGUAUCUGGAUAACAGAAAUGAAGAGUUUUAUUGCCUUGUUAUAGCCAUAUAGCGGCCAGUAUUCUGUGAAUUUGGCCAUGUUUAAUUGAUUAUAUAAAGAAUAUGCAGCUAUCAAAUCUCUCUCAAAAAAUAAAUAUAUGA